UCCACGGUUCAGUCUUCCUUCGACCGUCCUUGCGUACAGGUCGUUGUUGAUAUCGGCGAACGCGUCUCUGACCGUACGUUAUAAAUCCGUCGAUAAUUUCCGUGGUACCAUUAGGGAUCUACACUUGUGUGCACUUGUGCUCUCUAUUUUUUGGUGAAUCAUUAAAAAACAAACGGUCUAAAUAAUAAUUAUUAUUUUAACAAAAGUGCAAAGUGAAACAACGACGAAAUGAUUAAUCAACGGUGAUGAGGAUUUAAUUCGUUCACCUUAGACGCGACAAUGAACGUGCUCGACGGUGAUAUCAACGGCCGCAUAGGACAGACGCCACGGGCAACCCGAUUCGCGAUACGCAUUUCAUUUCUCUUCCAUAAUUUCCUUAAUUAAAUUACGAUUCACAAUAAUUAUUUUCGAAACAAUAGAAUUUCAAUACACUCGCGAUCAAAUCACGCUUCCUUAGGGAAAAUAGCGAUGUAAGGUAAACAGGAAUUUUCAAAAUCUUAAUUUCGACGUAAUCAAUAUUAAGACGUUUGAAUUAAAAUAAAACGGCAUCGAAAGCCAGGAUGGUUUUGUUUUGAAAACAGUGACGGUCGAAAGUGAGAGGUGGCUCGACUUUGGUAGCAAUGUAAUUGACAGAAUUUGGUGGAAGUAUGGUGUAAUUUACUGUUCUGCGAUUGGAUUACGAGCAGCGGUGAUUCACUUUGGAUGAAACAUGUAUGGCUGAUGCCUGGCUGGAAUGGCAGAAAAGUUGCGCGAGGCGGCCGCACGUGGGGACGUUGCACGAGUUGCGCGUCUCCUUGACGAAGAUAUUAAACCAUUACCGGAUGAGAAUGGUAGAGGACCACUUUUGUUGGCAGCUGCGGCUGGUCAUCUGGAUGUCUGCGAAACGUUGCUUCUUCGGGACAUCGACGUUAACGCUGCGGACAAUACUGGUGUCACGGCAUUGCAGAAGGCAGCCUCCGAGGGCCAUUUGGAGAUCGUCGAAUUGUUGCUGAAACACAGUGCGGAUGUCGCUCGUCAAGACACCGUGCAUGGAAAUUCAUCGCUGCACGAGGCGUCCUGGCGCGGAUACAGCAAGACCGUGGCAGCGUUGGCGAAGGCCCUCGGGACUCAACGCACACCCCUGCACGCGAGGAAUCUCGCUGGAUUCGCACCUCUUCACCUCGCCUGCCAAAACGGCCAUAACCAAAGCUGCCGCGAACUCCUGCUGGCCGGCUGCAAUCCCGACCUUCAAAACAACUACGGAGAUACACCCCUUCAUACCUCCGCGCGAUACGGUCACGCCGGUGUCACCCGGAUCCUAAUCUCCGCUCUCUGUCGAGUCUCCGAUCAGAAUAAAAACGGCGACACGGCGUUACAUAUCGCAGCGGCGAUGGGGCGUCGUAAGCUGACGAGGAUCCUGCUAGAGGCCGGCUGCGAUCGGAGUCUGAGGAACAAGCAGGGAGAGACCGCGAAGGACAUAGCGCGGCGCAAGAACCUGACAGAGAUAUUGGAGAUAAUCGGUAAAGCGCGAAGCAAGAGUAGAACGCGUAGCAAGAGCCGGGAGGAGGAGGCUGGAGGAACGGCGGCGGCGGCGGCGGUGGCUGCAGCGGCGGCAACGACGACGACGGUGGCUACGCCGGACAAGGUCGACGGGAAAAGCAACAAGAGCGAGAAGAAGCGAGAGAAGACCGGUAGUGGGACCAGCGGCAGCAGGGACAGUUGCUCGAAGAAGGAGAAAAAGAAGCACAAAUCGUCCGGCAAGCAGAACAAGGUCCACUUCGAGAAGGCUGUGAUGGGCAGACAGUGGUCUCCCUACGGUUGCCACUACUACCCCGAUCCGGAAGCGUUUCCUCAGCCGCGUUUGGACUCUCUGCCGCCUGAUCCGUUGGGUCGCGGUGAACAGUACUACCUAGACCUGGCUGGGAACAUCAGGAAGGGCCCGGUAGGUGUUGGCUACACCUGCUAUUGCGCCCCGUUCUUCAGGCACAUGGAGGCUAAACUAGAGAGGGACAAAGCUGAACUGAAAGCCCACAUAGAUCAAGCACACGAGAGGCUAGACCUCAAGGUAGCCAAUCUCGAGAGAAGGACCAAAGGACAGAUCUCUGAGCUGACCAGAUGCGUGGCCGCUGAGAGAUCCAGGUGCGACGAGAGGCACAUGCACCUUCAGCAACGUCUCGCCCGAGGUGGUAGAGGUAGACAUAGCGAGAGACCUUCGAAGACAAUGACCAACGAUCAGUCGUUCCCUCCGGCACGUGCGAGGUCUUUGGAGGACCUACUCGACGACAGACCACACGACAGGAGCUUCGAAAUCCCCGGAGAGACGUCGAUUCAUCGAGGCAGCUUGGACGACCUCGAUAUACCAGCCAUACCACGGCUCAGCAAGUCCAUGAGGGAUCUACCAUCCGGUUCUGGUGUCUCGAGGUCAACGCUCAGGGUGCUCGACGUACCCGCCAGACUGAACGAAACGUUCGACGGCGUGAUCAAGCAAGAUCGGAGUUCUCCACUUGGGGCCGCUUCGUCGCCGUCGAUCGGAUCCAGGCAACAGGUUCAUCAACAACGCGAUCCUUUGUCUCGGGAUCACGGCAUAAACUCUUGCCAAGACGAUAGCAGCGGGACCAGAAAGAACGAGGACAGUUCGAACGAAUGGAGGUCCUCUGGCCGACGCAGUGUCCACGAGAUGAUCAAGAGAUUUCAACAAGUACCUGGCAUGCACAACGGUUGGCGUGGUCAGCGUUCAGGAAGCAGCGAACCGACCAGCCCCGAGCACAGUCAAUGUUCCCAAAAUCAAAGGGUUCAACCUCAAGGAGGUGUAGCGAACAGCUGGCGUGGGGAAGGUAACGACAGCGAGAGCAGCGAAAGAGACGACGACGAGCAACCGGAAGCAUUAAGCGGAGGGAUCUCCGGGAAAGGAGUGAUAUCAGAACACGUGCAUUACGACAGCAUCGCCAGAAUGCCAUAUCGGUCCCGUAAUGCAGUUUAUAGCCCGACGCCGCCUUUGCAUGAUGCACAUAAUGAUUCUGGAUACAGUACUCGUAUGUAUGGUUCUAGCAAAGGUGCUUCACCAUCGCUAUCAGGUCAGUUAGAAUGCGACGUAAUUCUUCCAACAAGUCCAAAUGCAUUUCCCAGCGGUGAACAACUGGCUGCACUGUUGGAACAACCAAGGAACCACGAUCUCACAGUCUACGAACGCGGUGCUGAUAAUUGUGUAAUUAAUAUUGGAACCGCGAGUCUUGUUUAAGGAAAUUCAAUGUUCGUUUGUUUCCAAAGACAUCCACAUUUUACACUAAUGAUACCUACUCAGGUGUUAAUAUAAUUUAGCAAAAAAGAAUGUACUUUCAAGGAUUAAAACGUUGUCUUUUUGUAAAUAAUUUAUAGAUAUGAAUUGUACAAUUAAUGAAACAUAGAAUUAUAUUAAGACUUGUCCUUUCUGUAGGAUAUAUGUAUUUAUUGUUUAAAAAAGUUUUAUAUACAAAGUUUUAAACAGGUCACUGAAAGAUCUAUUGAAAAGAACUUUCGUUUCCGUACGACUAUAAUUAGACUUCAUCGUUUCAAAAUUAAAUGUACUAUGCAUGGAUAAGCGUGAUUAAAUAACAAAUAAGGUUUCUAAAAA